UUAAUAGAUUCGUCCUCGCAAAAUACGUGUCCAUCGGUUCGAGUGAGAACUCUCCAACUCUCCAACUCUCGAUGAGAGUUUAGUUACGUUAUUUUAUUGUGUGCAAUAGCAGCUAUCCGUUACGCUGAAAAUGAAAUAUCCUCUAUUUGUCGCAUUAAUUUUGACGAUCAUAACUGUAAGCUUUGGUGUUAAUCUGGAAGAUGUAUACAGUUGGAAAUAUAUUGAUUAUCGCUGGGCAUAUGAAGGUCAGAAAGAGGAAAUGCUAAAUUCUAGCCAAUAUAACCCAAAUUCAUGCGUCUUAUACGAUGUAGACAGGUCAGAAGAUGGUAGAAUAUUUGUUACUGCGGUAACUGAAGAGGGAGUACCAGCUAGUUUGAUGACAGUGUCUACUGAAAUAGGGCCAGGCGGUCCACUUUUGGAACCAUAUCCAAAUUGGUCAUGGUAUAGUGUAAAUGAUGAUUGUGAUGGCAUUAUAAGUGUAUACAGGAUAUCUAUCAAAUGCAAUUAUCUUUUCGUUCUGGAUUGUGGAAAAAUCGGGGAAGAAGCAGUUUGUCCUCCAAAACUAUUGAUCUUCGAUUUAGGACUCAAUUACCUUAUUAAGCGUAUUACUAUCCCCGAUGACAUCGCUAGUAACGAAAAUGGCACUGGAUUGCUCGUAACACCACUUGCUUAUGUUCGAGAUUGCAAUAACAUAAACGAUGCGACCGUGUUUAUGUCUGACAUUGAAGGUUACGGUUUGGCGAUAUACAAUGAGAAUUUAGGCUUCUGCAGAAUUGAAUCUGAUUUCAUGAAACCGACUAAUCCUAAUUUCACCAUAGAAGGUCAGAGUUUUUAUUUGGAGGACGGUAUUCUCGGCUUAGCAAUUAUCGAUGAAGACUUGUUCUAUUCUCCCUUGGCGGGAAACCAAAUAUAUAAGAUGAACAUGUGUAAUAAACAAAAAUGUUCAGAACUAAACAAAAGCGAAGCUGAUAAUCUAACUCAAUUGGCGGGUAUAUUAUCUGGACAAACAGCAGCGAUAGCAUCCGAGCAAUGCGCAAUAUUUUUUAGUAAUAUCCCAGACACAUCCAUUUUAUGCCAAGAUGCUACUAAGGAAUUUAUUUCUGCCAAUACGGAGCUUAUUGUGAACGAUUCCACAAAAUUGCAAUUUGCAAGUGGGAUGAAAGUUGUAAAUCACGGAAAGACGCUGAUGACUUUAACAAAUAGAUUUCAACGUGUCAUUACUAAUACAUUAAAUCUAAACGAGACAAACUUCCGCAUUCUCACCAUGGAUAUAGAGGAAAUACGGAAGGAAACAAGUUGUUUUGCUUCUUGUAACAAUGAUCAUGAUAAACCUGGGCAACCUGGGCAGCCUGGACAUCCUGAAUAUCCUAGGCAACCUUGGUAUCCUGGAUAUCCUGAGAAACCUAGGUAUCCUGAGCAUCCUAAAUAUCCUGGGCAACCUCCGUAUCCUGGGCAACCUCGGUAUCCUGAGCCUCCUAAAUAUCCUGGGCAUCCUGGGUAUCCUGAGCAUCCUGGGUAUCCUAGGUAUCCUGGGUAUCCUGAGCAUCCUGGGUAUCCUAGAUAUCCUGGGUAUCCUGAGCAUCCUGGGCAUCGGCAUGAUAGACCUUGGUAUUAUGAUAAACCUUGGUAUUAUGAUAAAUAUGAUGAAGAUAACAAAUACCAUUUGUAACAGCACGUAGAAACGUGAUGUUAGUCCUAAGUUGAUAGCGAAUAUUUCAUAAGUGCAAUAUUUCUGCUGUACUUAAUGGAAUCGGGUAAGCCGCACGAGCGGACUUUGCUGUUUACAUAGAUGCACGACAUCGAGGCACGCUGCCGUCGUUGACAUAAAUCCAGAUUCGUAUGUUGCCACGCUGUAAAUCCUUCAAGUGUGUAUGCACUCUGCGCAGAUCAUGUAACGUGACUGCCAUUCAUUAAAUUAUAUACUUGAAAACGUUAGUCUUCAUAAUUUCCAGUAAAUAAUAUUUGUAUACUAUUUUUAAUGUGUCUAUUAAACAUUUUAUACAGUU